CAGUGGCUUGCUGUGUGAAACAUGCCUCCUCGGUUUAUUGAAAUCAAUCCCGGAACUAAGGUGUUUGUUCCUACCCGAGUUACAAAACGUGGUGCACCUUCAAUACCAGUGGUGUUUUGGAAUCUUCGGUAUUUUGCAGUUGGUUCCUGUCUUCACCAAUGGACUGACAUCAGCCAGCAGAGAUGCUGCUUAAAGAUCUUCCCAGAGAGGCCCUGAUGCGGCCGCUGUCCAGGAAUGAAGUGGUGGGCAUGUUGUUGAGGUUGACCAUCUUUGGCGCAGCGACAUACUACAGCAUCAAAUGGGUUGUAGACGCUAUGGAUCCUACCGCCAAACAGAAAAGCCAAGCCAAGAAAAGGGCAGAACAGCUGAUGAAGAGGAUUGGCGUUGAGGGCGUCAAACUAACAGACUAUGAGAUGAACAUUGCAUCUCAUCUAGUUGAUCCGCAAUCUAUGAAGGUUUCCUGGAGAGAUAUAGCCGGUCUGGAUGAGAUUAUCAGUGAGCUGCAAGACACAGUCAUCCUGCCCUUUCAGAAAAGACACCUUUUAGCUGGAUCCAAACUCUUUCAGCCUCCUAAAGGUGUUUUAUUAUUUGGACCUCCGGGAUGUGGGAAGACCAUGAUUGCCAAGGCAACGGCCAAAGCCUCAGGCUGCAGGUUUAUCAAUCUCCAGGCCUCCACGCUGACAGACAUGUGGUACGGGGAAUCACAGAAGCUCACUGCUGCUGUCUUCUCAUUGGCAGCCAAAAUCCAACCCUGCAUCAUCUUCAUUGAUGAGAUUGAGUCAUUUCUGAGGAACCGUUCUAGCCUGGACCAUGAGGCCACGGCCAUGAUGAAGGCCCAGUUCAUGAGCCUGUGGGACGGCAUGGAUACUACCUCAACCACCCAGGUGAUGGUGAUGGGAGCUACAAACAGGCCACAGGACGUGGAUCCAGCCAUUCUGCGCAGAAUGCCCACCACUUUUCAUGUUGGCCUGCCGAGCACAAGACAAAGACAGGACAUCCUGAGGCUGAUUUUAGCAGGAGAAAACCUGAGCAACGCCAUUAAUCUGAAGGAGAUCGCCGAGAGUACAGACGGUUACUCUGGCAGCGACCUCCGGGAGCUUUGCCGCGACGCCGCCAUGUACCGAGUCCGGGACUACGUCCGCAAGGAGCAGAUGAGGCAGAUCGCUCAGCAGCUGCAGGACUGCCAGGAGGAGGAAAAACCUGUGGAUGAGGAGCGGUUGAGGCCAGUCACCCAGCUGGACCUCCUUUUCGGCCUGGACAAGAUGAAGGAGUCUAAGCGGGCCACAGCCAUCAUGUUACCCAUUCCGUCAGAGGUACCGCUGGACUAAACACCAACACUGCACUGGGUGGCGGGAAACAUUUUCUUCUCACGUUUUGUGUGUUCCAACACAUCAAUCAGAGGCUCCUCGAACAUCUCACAGGUGCAGUUGGAAAAGCCAGAGAGCAGCCAUACUUUUUUUUUUAAGUUUAUUUAUCCAGGCAGGGUUUGUUCUGAGCAUGCUCACUUUCAGCACAACCCUGCCACAUGUGUACAGUUACAAUACAUUCAGAACUGGCCACUGACUUAGAGUUAAUGUCUUGCUCCAGGGCGCCAUGAAAGUUUGUUUGGAAGAGGAGAAACCAUUUUCAAUAAACGUUAUGACUCAGUCUGAA